AAUAAAGAUUUGCUUUACUUUGGGUGUCAUUACCAAACAGUGAAGGAUUAUUUACAAAUGGUUCUAUUUGUGGUUGUUUCCUUAGUCCUAUUGUUCAUCCUUUUCUAUGCCCUACUGGAUGACCUGUAUCUCCUCAAAAUCAAACGACUACCCCCGGGGCCGCUCUCCCUGCCCAUUAUAGGGGGAUUGCACUUGCUGGGCCAAGAGCCUUACAAGAGUGUGGAAAAUAUGGCUGCCAAGUAUGGUGGCAUCUUAAGCUUACGGAUUGGGGUACGAGAAAGAGUUGUUUAUGUUACGGAUCCUGACCUUGCCAAACAGUUGCUUAGCUCGGAGUACUUAGCAGAUAGACCCUCCUUACCAUUUUUUGACAUAAUAUCUAAGGAAGGUCACGGCAUUGGUUCUCGCCCCUAUGAUUUCACAUGGAAGCUCCAUACCAGGAUAAUCUACAGUAGCAUCAGUAAACUUAUACAAACUCAGCUGGACGAUGUUUUACGGAAUUCCUGGGAAUACUUAUUCAAAACACUUGAAGAUUCAAAGGAUGAGCCUAUUUCACCAGAGACAACAAUACGCACUGCAGUUAUGAUGACCAUGGGCAGGUUUAUUUUUGGACAUGAAUAUGCCUCAGCAGAUGACCCUAAACUGCGGCUCCUUCUUUGGUUAAAUGAGGAAACUAUGAGGGGAGUCAGCCCUUUGAACCAUGUCAAUCUCAUCCCUGGAUUACAGUAUAUCAAUCUGCCAUUCUAUCCAAACUACAGGAACUUAAACAUGGCUAAAGAAAAUUUUCUAAAUGAUGAAUUCGAAAGCCACAAAAAAAAGUUUGAUGGUCGAACGGUUGACAUCAUGGAUAUGAUAAUAAAGGAAUUAAAGGAGGAUGAAAAGGAUAGCAUGAAAUUCCGACAAAAACAAAGAGAAGAAUUCCUCCUACCUCAAAAUUUUCUCAUGUCCAUAUUUACAUUAAUUGUUGGAGGGGAACAAACUCUAUCAAACAACUUACUAUGGCUUCUGCUGUACACAGCGAAGCAUCAAGACUGCCAGGAGAAAAUAGUGAAAGAGCUUAGAAAUAAUGAUGUACUAGCCACGGACUUUGUACAAUUUCACCACAAAGAAAAAUUUCCAUACACAACUGCUUUUUACAAGGAAACCAUGCGAUUUAUCACAACAACGUUUUUUGGAGUUCCCAGAACAGCCUCUGCGGAUAUCCAUGUUAAUGGAUACACUAUUCCUAAAGGUACAACAGUUUUCCCAAACUUUUGGAGUAUAAAUCACAAUGAAAGAUACUGGUCCAAGCCACAUGAAUUUCAACCAGAAAGAUUUCUUGAGCUUGAAAAUCUACAUUCCUCAAAUAUUCCAGGCUUUAUCAUCUUCGGAUAUGGCCGUCGGCCUUGCAUUGGAAGUCAAGUAGGCCGGGCUUGUCUCUUUUCAUUUCUCUGCAAUAUUAUAAAUAAAUUCCAUGUUUCCCUCCCCCCUGACGAAGAUCCUGACAUGAGAGGCCAUACCAGAUUGGUUAUAGAGCCCCCCAGUUUCAAGGUGAUCUUUCAAAAACGCGCUUAACUUUUAAUUUUUGUAGCUGUAUUCCAAUCUUUCAGAGACAUCAACAAAAUAAAUUAGAAUCAAUAACAAUGAAUGAUCAUGUAUUUUGUUACAGUGUACAACAUACUUUGACUGAACUUGUUUUUUGGUCAUUUUUAAUACCCAAGACUUCAAAAUAUAAUUUGACCUAACAAAUGUAAAGAAUUACACUUAAAAUGAGACAGAAUCAUCCGUCCUUAAGAGUAAGUUAUAAGCAUGUUUGAUUCUACAUUGUUGGUGUUUUAGCCUGCAUUUACUCUUUUUCAAACAGAAAUGUGGCAUCAUACAGCCUAUAGAAAUAAAUGAAUGAAUCAUAAUUAGUUAUUCCCAGGAGGUAAUUAUUUCUUGUAAAUUUCUGAUUAACU